CUCUGAUACUAAUAGUAUUAUGGUAAAGUUUCGGGACAUGUUUGUGGUGACACUGAAAGUCAGCUUGCAGAUUGAGCCCAGAGAAGGUGAAGAAGAGGGCAGCGAUUCAGACUGCUGGGCGCUGCAUUCAGCUCAGCACAAGAGCAAUGGGUUUCCAUCUUCCAAAAGCGCUUGUGAGCGAGAUCACCAAAGCGGCCAGGAAAGUAGGAGUCAGUGAAAAGCUAGUCCACCAGGGGCUCCAGGCGCUCGAUCUUGAAGCCAAGACCGGUGCCCCCCCCAACAGCGGCGCUGGCUACAGGCCGCCACCUGGCGGCACCCCAUACGACCAUGUGGCGGGCCCGAGCGCCGCCGCUGUGCCGCAGCCUCAGCACGCAGUCGUCGCGCCUCGGCCGGACUUGGUCGGGGGCAGCGUCACACCGACGCAGGAGGAGCUCAAUAACUUCCAGGCGGCGGUAAAUAAGCUAUGGGACCUGGAUGUGAACAGGCUCCAACCGGGCGUGGAUUAUGAGAUCGAGGCUGGCGAGGGCAAGAAGAUCUACGAGAAGGCAGACCUGGCUGCGGGGUCGUUGUUCCGGUUUGUUAAGAUCGAGGCACUGCAGAAGCCCACAUUCGCGGCCUUUGUUGCGCUGCUAGAUAACUACACCGCGCAGCAGAAUGUCACAGAAGUGGUAGGCCAGGUGGAGCUCCAGGAGAUGACGACCUUCCUGGACGAGAUCUGCGCCACCCCCGUCAUGCAGUACGUCCACAAGCUGCUCGUUGCCAAGAACCUUGCGCCCGCUGACCUCAUCGCCUUCAAGAAAGUCCUCUGGAAGAUGUGGUUCGAGCUGUACGGGCGCGAUGGCGGGCGGCAGUCGUCCUCCGGGUUCGAGCACGUGUUUGUGGGCGAGUACAAGGAGGGCGAGGUGGGGGGCCUUCACAACUGGAUCCAGAUCUUCCUCCUCGAGAAGGCCGGAGCACUUAACUACACGGGGUUCGUGUUGCCCCGGAACCGGGGCAAGCCCAGGCCCGACUCCCAGACGCACAUCCUAACCAUUCAAUUUGAAUGGAUGAACCAGGUCAAAGCUGCGUGCUCCACGUUCAUAGGCACAUCCCCCGAGUUUGAGAUUGCUCUCUACGCGUUCUGCUUCUUGGCAGGAAGCGAAAACAAUCGGAUGGCUAUUGCAGGGGCUAAUGUGAACAUCAAGUGUUAUAACCUGAGCGGAAGAGUUGGGUCCUCGUACCCAGAGGUUGAGGAUUAGUAAGAGUUCGUCCGCUUUGAAACUAAUUUACGAACAUGGGUUGCUAGGUGCUAGAAUGUGAAACCGACAAGAGCUGUCAGACGAUGUUGAAAAAGGGAAGCAAGGUACAAACAAGUGAUUGUCGAGGUCAAAUGCUAGGUAGUUGUCCCCACUCCUGGUACCCAUGGUGUUGACUAUCAUGUCGAGUCUGACGUAGGAAAACUAAAGGUAUGCAUGGGAUACCCCAUGGGUGAUAAAAGCUUCUCAGAUAAUUAACAAUCUCAUGCUCAAGUUGAUCUGUUAGUGGAUUUCGUGGUAACUCUGGACGCAAACAUCCACAAGCCGUCACCUUGGUUACAUGUGGGCGGACAUGAUGCGCUGCAAGGGGCUGUAGCUAGAUUUGAUGAGUAUGCGCA